CAUGCACCGCUUGAUGGGGGUCAACAGCACCGCCGCCCUCGCCGCCGGGCAGCCCAAUGUCUCCUGCACGUGCAACUGCAAACGCUCUUUGUUCCAGAGCAUGGAGAUCACAGAACUGGAGUUCGUUGAGAUCACCAUCAUCGUGGUGGUGGUGAUGGUGAUGGUGGUGGUGAUCACGUGCCUGCUGAGCCACUACAAGCUGUCUGCGCGCUCCUUCAUCGGCCGGCACGGCCAGGGCAGGAGGAGAGAAGACGCCCUCUCCUCGGAAGGAUGCCUCUGGCCCUCGGAGAGCACCGUGUCGGGCAACGGAAUCCCAGAGCCGCAGGUCUAUGCUCCUCCGAGGCCCACCGACCGCCUGGCCGUGCCCCCCUUCACCCAGCGGGACCGCUGCCUCCGCUUCCAGCCCACCUACCCGUACCUGCAGCACGAGAUCGACCUGCCGCCCACCAUCUCGCUGUCGGACGGGGAGGAGCCCCCGCCCUACCAGGGCCCCUGCACCCUCCAGCUGCGAGACCCCGAGCAGCAGCUGGAGCUGAACCGGGAGUCCGUGCGCGCGCCCCCGAACAGAACCAUCUUCGACAGCGACCUGAUGGACAGUGCCAUGUUGGGCGGCCCCUGCCCCCCCAGCAGUAACUCGGGCAUCAGCGCCACGUGCUACGGGGGCGGCGGGCGCAUGGAGGGGCCGCCCCCCACCUACAGCGAGGUCAUCGGGCACUACCCCGGGUCCCCCUCGUUCCAGCACCAGCAGAGCAGCGGGCCGCCCUCCUUGCUGGAGGGGACCCGGCUCCCCCACGCACACCUCGCCCCCCUGGAGAGCUCACCCGCCUGGAGCAAAGAGAAAGAUAAACAGAAAGGACACCCUCUCUAGGAAUCCCGGGGCCGGGGCCGGGCAGCAGUGAGUAUAGGAAAAAAAGAAAAAAACAGAAAGGCAAAACACUCCGCACUUCCGAAACCAGAAGACAGAGGAGGACCGGGCGGCACCCAGAAAAUGUGGCGCGUAUCCAUCCUUUCCCCCUCUCUCUGUGUAUAAAUAUUUACAUGUUCUGUCUGGUCUGAAUGCACAAGCUAAGAAAGCUUGCAAAAACAAAACAAAACAAACAAAAAAAAAAAACAACCACGUUUCUUUGUCGAGCUGUGUCUUGAAGGCAAAAGAGAAAAAAGAAAAAAAAAAAAACCUACCCUAGUCUUUUCUGUUCCUAGUUGAGCUGCGUGCGUGAAUGCUUAUUUCCUUUCGUUUGUUUAUGAUGAUUUCACUUAACUUUAAAGACCUAUUUGCACAAAACCUUUGUUUAAAGAUCUGCAAUAUUAUAUAUAUAAAUAUAUAUAAAAUAAGAGAAGUAUUGUGAGGGCAGGAGUAUUUUUGUAUUAGAAGAGGCCUAUUAAAAAAAAAAAAAAGUUGUUUUCUGAACUAGAAGAGAAAAAAAAGGCAAUUUUUGAGUGCCAGGUCAGAAAGCGUGUAUUACCUUGUAAAGAAGAAGAAGAAGAAGAAAAAAAA